UCAUAAUGCAUGAUAAUAUGUUUGUAUAUGCGUAAUUUGAAGGAUGUUAUUUCAUAUUCCGCAUAGGAUGUGCUAUUGGAAUUUAUUCUUGUUGUAAAUUGUCACUGUUGAAUUUUGGUAGUCUUCCUAAAUAAGGAUUGUUAAAUGAAGUGAACAAAUUGCGAUAAAGGGCAUAUCUUUCUGUGUAUAUGUGUAUGUGCGCGCGUGCGUGUGAGUGUGUGUGUGUUUUUUUUAAUUAAAGAUCAGUGAAAACAAAUUGUUUCACUCGUAAAUUGAUGUUGAUCGAGCAAACGGAUAUAUGUGUGUUUUCUAGUGUUACGGCUGUCAUUAGAUUACCGUACAUAUAUUUUAACAAACAGCAUACCAGUGAUAGUUAUGACCAAAACUACACAUUUUUUUGUAAUACAUGAUUACUUUUUACAUAUAGUUAAAUUUUUCAAUAUUCGGGAUUUUUUAUAAGAUUUGGAAACUGUCGAAAUAAUUUACGACGAAAAAAUGAUACGCUUCCUCAAUGAUGAACACGGACAGUCGGAUGUAAUGGCUGAACACAGCAAUCUGCGAGAGAUUACCAAGGUGCAGUCCUUAUGCAGUCUACGAGAAAAUAUUUCUACUUCUAACAGCAAACGACCAGCAUCACCAGCUAAAAGUUAUGCACUGAAAGUUCCAGAUAUCCAAAGUGAACGAAGGACCUCGCACCGUCUUUUGUCUACAAAUCGUUCUGAUAUUGUUGAUGCUACAACCUCCCCACGUUUGAUCAAUCGACGGGAUAUGCACGGUUUUGAGAGCAGUGAAAGAAGAAUGUCGGCAGUAAAAGACUCUUCUAAUACUAGUAUCAUUUGUCGCUUGCCGUUGAACCGAUUAGAGUCAAUAAUAGGAUCGUUAAAAAAUAUGAAAAAAAGAUCUGAUCAUAUGGCUACUACUUUGAUAGAUAUAGACUCGAUUCCAGAAGAACCGGAUCAAAUCAAUAGCUUUGCAGUAGGUUUGGACAACGUAAAGGAUGUGCCAUCUACGAACAAUAUCGCGUACAAAGUGUUAUGCUUGUAUUGUGAUCGAAGUUUUAGUAACCAUAAACUGAUGAUCAAGCACACGGACCGGAUUCAUCGAAUAGCAAAAGAACGACGAAGUAGUGCCCGUGUACUAUCAACAUUAGCGAAUGGAUCAGACGUUUCGACUUGUUGCAAUUUUUGCCAUAAAAGUAAGGCGUUAAACCUGAUAUCAGACGAUCUACAAACAUUAUUUAAACAUCUAAUAUCAGCUCAUUCAGACCGCUAUUUUGCGUGUGAGCGUUGUACUAUGCGUUUUCCGAAUGAUGCUGCACGAGACGCGCACAUGGAUGCUUUCCAUCCAUCUUCCACCACUAGGCGUCCAAAAUCAAAAGCUGCUCUUAAAGCUUUCAGUCAUACCCAAAACAGUACUUCUCAACAUUCACAACAACUUGUCACGAAUGCUCUUAACAUUAAAAUGCAUAAAACAGGUGUGUACAGUGAAAUUAAUGAUCAGGUCGAGUUUAACUCGGUUCGUCAAUCAGUAUCCAGUAGUCUGUCAAACAGCAACAUUAAAUCAGAAUUAGCAGCUCAAAACAUUUGUCUGCGAUCUUCGCUACGUAAUUCUACGGCUCCUUCACCACAAAAGGUUACCGAUAGUAACAAAUCAAAGACAAAGGCCUUCAAAAAGUCGGAACGUUUACUAAGACGAAAUUCUGAACCCAUGCUUCUUUCUCGAUUGGGUAUCACACAGCAUAGAUUACCACGCCAAAGCCGUCGUCUUAUGGCUGCAGCCUCAUCGUCUGCCAAUGUCACACUUUUAUCAUCUGCUACUUCAUCAACAUCUACGACACAAUCAAUACAUUCUACAACAGUUCCAGCAUGUGCAAAAUUUGCAACAAAAAAAAAGAGUCUGGGAACGGCAAAUGAAGAAGGACAGUCGUUCCAGAAUUGCUACAAUAAAAUAAUAAAAUUGAAAACGAUUCGUUCCUCGUUGACCGCCAAUUCCGUAGUUUGCGAUCCUUCGAUGACUGAAACUACGGAAACGAAUAAGACAUUAGCAAAGGGAUCAGAUGUUGCAGCCCUCGCGAAUAUUGUUGUUUUAAACACCGGAUCAUCUAGUGAUGUGUCGGUUGGAAUUUUUACCCGUGGUACAAAUAGUAGUGUUUUUGUGAGCAAUAAUGAUUGGGGAAACAUUACAGCAAGUACAGGAAGUAAUUCGUGUAACGGGAACAACUUAUUGCAAGUCAACAAUAGUGGCGUUUUUGACGAAGAUUUCUACGAUAAUGUUACCCGAAAUGUGAAAAAUAAUCUUUGUUGCCAUUUAGAUGGUAAAUUAGAAGCUCUAACUCCCAAUGCGCCUUGCCCGACGAGUCCAGUUGCUGUUAUACCAACUGUGAGAUCAACAGUUGUCAAGAGUCCAGUAUCAAGCGAUAGUAAAAUUCAUGAGGCAACAAACCUGCCGGCUAUCUCAGCCAUGUUUCCUACUUUGUUAACGGCAGAACAGUAUGGUCCGGAACCGAGACAAACGACGACUAACUCAUCCAUAAUAUCUUUAUCGUCGGCUUCGUCAGUGAAAACAAAGAAACCAGUCACAAAGAAUUCCUGGAAGUGGAAAUGGGACUUUGUUAAGAAAUACACCUACGUCAAUGAAAAUGGGCGAAUCGUAAAAAAAAUCAAGCAGCCUACAAUAGGAUUGCGCGAUCUCUCAAAGCUUGACAUGUGGACUCAAUUGACCAUGCGUACGAAACAUGAGCUAUUUCAGCAUCAACGAUCGAGUGAUAGUCGAAAUCAGUUUCAAUUAUCGAAAACAAAAUUUGGGAUAUCUGACGAAGGACAUUCGAUAACAGUAGCGGAUGUUGGGGCUAUUUUGCGGGACGAAAAAAGAGCAAUGGUCGAACAAUUGGAUUGCCUAUUGGAUGCACGAUUAUUACCGCAAAUAGAUUUAGAACAGAAUGAACAGCGAAUAAUAAAAAUUGAACCAAUAGAUCAAGACAAAACGACAGAAGAAACUUGUUUUGUAGACGAUCAACUUCCUAAUGACACUGUAUCGCGAGAAGAAAGUUCAUCGCUUGUACCUUGGACGGAUAAGAAAAACUCCAGUGAAGAAUCCAAAAGUUUAGAUUUUCUGCAAAAUCUGCAGCUCAUGCAGCUUAACAGUAAUGAUCUACAAACACGUGUCGUGUUAAGUGGAGAAUGGGCUCGACCAAGAUGUUACAUUUGUUAUGGUUGUGGUGCAAAGUUUAAUUCUCUUAAACAAGUAGAAGAGCAUCGUAUUUUUCGACAUCCUCAUGUACAUUCCACCUUUUAUGAGAUAGUCGGAAGAGAACUCAUUGAAAAGAGAUUGUACAAGCAUUUUUUCGUUCCUUUUAUGGCACUGGCCAUGCAUCAUUUAUACUUUGUGCGACUGAGCAAUAGCGAAUUAUUUUUGAAUAGUUCUAUGUUCUCGAAUUCUCAACACAAAGGGGAGUAUAGAAUAAACAAUCCUGCCGAAAUUAAGAACGAAGAUUCCUCGUCGAAUGAAGCUACCUCGUUUUCCACAUCAACAAUCGCAUCGUCUUCUUCAUAUCGUUACUCAACGAAUAGUUCAGUGGUCACUCUGAUGGAUAAUUGUUCGAACGGUACGAAUACGCUUACAACAUUUAACGAUUUGGCAAAUCAUGAUGUUCUUGAAAAUGAAGGAAUCGGUAUUCGCUCAGCGACUUGCAGUAAAUGUCAAAAGGAAUGUCAGAAUCAAAUAGUGUUGUAUGCACAUAUACUCCACUGUUCCAAUGAUUACGUUUGGCUACAAGCGAAAAAACGGAUGAAAUAUCGUCGUGCUAAACGGAGAAGAGGUGGCAAUAGAAGCGGCGGAAAUUGUGCAUCGUCUAUGUUAACAGUGCCGCGAAUAGCCCAACAUCAUCAGAAUGCUGUGGGAAAAGAGGAAUCAGCAGUAGUCGCUCCGCUACCUUCUUUAGUGGAUGAAAAGAGUAUUUUGAGCGUAGGUGCAGUAUCUAGAACUAUCAUCAUCGGCAGUAAAGACAGCUGCUCUAAUAGCAGUUGUAGUAUCAGCGGUAGCAGUUAUAAGAACAGCAAUACAAGUACCAGUAGCAUUAGCAGUGUUGGUUCCGUGAUCGAUAAUGAAAUUUCCACAUCGAAUGGAUCACAAAAAUAUAACAAGUCACCUAAACGAAAAGAAAACGAUAGUGACAUAGUGAAAAGGCUACUUGCAAAUCUUCCAGCAAAACGGAUUUCCCGACAGAUAAAUUUGCAAACAACGAAACAAAUCAGCAAACGAUCUAUGACACCAGCAAAAAAGUUUUGUUCUGAAGCAAUGGUAGUAACUCCAAAGGUAAAAGGCCAAGGCGAACUUGAGAAAAAUGAUGCUGUAGUAAAACAUCCAUCAGAAGUUUGUGGUGAGCAUGUAGCUGUUCAAUCUACUGCAUUGAAAAAUGUUGCAGUCACGAAUGGUAAUAGUAUUGGUGGCAUUAAAAAAAUAACAUCUUCAAUUUCUUUAUCAAAACGGGAAAAAGUCUCUACAAAAUUGAGAUCUAAGCAAAGUGCGGCUGUACUGCCUUCUAUGAACAACACAAUGCAUGUCUCGACUAAACAAACACAACAAAGUAUGCGCAAAAAAAAUAAUACUAUGUUUCAACCUACUUUAGGUGUAGCGAAUCAUAAAAGAAAUUCAAAACAUUUUUCAAAUCGCGAAGAAAAUUCAGUUAAAUUUAAAGGAAAAAAAAUGGAAAAGGUUAAUCGUGUAGGGCUAAUCAAUAAGAAUAGAAUGAUGUUGUGGAAACAAAGCCAGCGUCAAAUUAUUAGAUUAACCACUUCCAACGGCCACCAUCGAAUACUGCGUAGUACUGGGAAACGUUUGCUACCGGUAUCGAUAUCAAUAUGCAAUCGUGAGCAUUCCUUGCGAUUAGGCAGGAUGAAUAACGAGAUUAACAAAAACAGCAUUUUGAAUGAAAAUUCGUUGAAAAGUAAAGACGAAGCAUUGGAUGAAAAUGGAUUUGUAAUUUUGGAUGAUCCAGGAAAAGAAGCAAAAGUAUGCAAAAAUAGUACUGAAAAAAAUAUUUUUAAUAACAUGGAAACAAUGUCAAAAAAAGCUUCAAUAGAAAAAAAUAGAUCCUCUAAUCAGAACAAUGAUAUAGACAAAAAAGUAGACCAGUCUAUUAAAAUUAACGAACGAGUUCCAACUGUUGAAACGAUUGAAUAUGAAAACUCUUUGAAUAUUCCAUGCAAUCCAUUGCAAGUAACGCCAACUCAACCGAUUAAACCCCAACACUUGAAAGAUCCUCCAUCCACACCCAUUAAAAAUAAUGACAUCAUUACCUUUUCACAAAUCAUAAUCCCAGAGACGUUGUCCUCAGUUGCAACAGUUUUAGAACCUAGCAAACCAUUGACUACACAAUUAGGUAAUCAACCAAUGGUAUGCAAAAGCAAGAAGAAAAAAUUAAACGAUUGUAUUGCGAUGCUUACGGGAAAACUUUCAGAACGGUUAGGAGUCGAUUUUUUCAACAAUGAAAACGAUGUUAUUAAUAGCGUUGAAACACCGCAAAACAAACUGAAGGAUUCUUUAUCUCUUUUAAAUCUUGUCCAACCAAUCAAAUCAAAUACUUCUACAAUAGUUUCUGAUGAAUUCGUAAACAAACCGAAGGGGGCUGAAAGUUGCCAGACAAAGACACAAUAUUCUUCAAUAUGCUCAUCGCUUCCAGUGGCUGCAAAUGAUAUUACCAUUAAUUCUCCAAUGUUGUCUAACAGUAAUAUCCCAGCCAUGAUUUCAUUACACUCAAAAAAUCAUCAUAACCAUGUAAAAUAUGAUGAUGUGGGAUCCCUAUCGCAUAUGCUACCCCCAGCGAUGUCACUGGAACAGUCUGUGUUGAAUUUAGCAGAAGAACACAUUUCUGACGAACCCUUGAAUUUGUCCAAAUACGGUCUUGUUGAACGGGUGAAUAAGGCACAUACAAAAGAUUAUAGUAACAUUUUGAAUAUGACAGUGCCGCAGUCUGAACAUGAAUCUUUGAUUUCAUCAAAUUCUACUUCGACAGCACUCCAAACUAAUCAUUUAAAACAAGUAAUUGCAUCGUGUUCCCAAAAUACAAAUCGCUCGAUUGAAAUUACGGCAAAUAUGUAUCCACAAAAUGUGAGUAAAUUAAAGGUGGUGCCACCUACAAUGUUAGAUACCGUCAAUACCAUACCAUCUAAUGUAGGUGGUGGUAAUAUACCAUCGUUAAAACUACCACCAGGGCUAAUAAUCGAGAGAGUGGAAUAUAAACAAGCACGUCCAAUCAUCACUAAGGAAGCUCCGUCUGUGACAAUUGUAGCACGUCAACGUACGGUACCGGUUCAACCGAUGAUGUCGGAAAAUAGUGCUACUGAUUUAACAAUCGAACCUUUGAAAUCUGUAACGCAAGGUUCAAAUUUCAAUACCACCUCCAGCAAUCUCACUCAUUUUACGAAGUCUUUGCCCAACCGUAGUUCAUUUGUUCAAUAUAAAUCUGAUUCAAAUCACUUGAAAGUCACAGGUAAAUAUACUGUUGCAAAUAUUAUUCCACGACGGUCUGAAUUAACUAAAGACCAUUUAGUGCCGACUUGUAACACCUCAGAUUCGAUAUCUGGUGGAGGAUGCGGAGAAAAUCAUAUAUCUGUUACUAUUACUGAAUCGAAUACACCUUAUCAUGAGCGAAUUUCUGAUACUGCAAAUCUGCAAGAAACCGUUGAUUUGAGUCCUGAUCAUAAUCAAGUGGUUUCAUCAGGUUGUUUGCCUUCACGAAAAGCAUUGAUAAAUUUGACGACCAAAUCACCAAAUCCACCUUGUAAAUCAUCAUCAAUUGCACUAUCACCGCUGCAUACAACAUCAAUUAGCGGAAUCGGGCAUAUGGUUGGAUCAGUGGAAAAAAUAACUCAGGCUGUUCCAACACUAAUUAUACCGCAAGUCCCUAUGCCAUCGCUUAGUCAGGCAGCACAUCCGACAAAGCGCGCUCGUCGUAAAAGCGUGUUUGUACCAUUGCCUGUACCAUCCGUAGAACCUAAACGCGAUGCUAUGACUAAAUAUUUGAUCCAUUCACAUCCAUCUGCAAUUACUGCAGCCUCAUCAGCAAUAUCCAAUAACGCUAAUUUGUUAUCGUCUAUGUCGUUAUCCUUUGUUACGCCUGGUUUAUUGCCAGUAACGACAACACCAAUGUUAGAGCCUUUCAAUGCCCAGCGACUUGCUUCUAUUAAACUUCCAGCUCAUCUUCAACCUCCAGUGAUACCACCGUUGAAAAUACCAGAUACGGCAGCAUCCUCUACAGCUUUGUUGGAAAAAAUUUUUCAACCUACACACAGUGAAGUAUUAUCAACUGGACUAGAGUUGAAAAAAGAUUCACAGUGUGUGAAUACGAAACAGUUAUCCUUACAACCCUCUCCAAUGCAUACAAAAGAUUACAACAAAACUGUCGAGGAAAAUUCGAAUUUUAUUUCUUUUCCAAUGCCUACAAAUUCAAACAUAAAUGGCUUGUCAAAACAGUUUGAACAAGUGUCCAAAACAAACACUGCAUUAUGUAUGAGAACUGAAGAAACAAGAUCAUCAAAUAUGGCUAUUAAAUCAAAUGCUUCGUCUGGAAUGAGUAAAAGCGGUGGUCGCAUAAUGAAACGUAGAGCGUCUGUAGCUGAUUUGCAAAGAAAAGCGCUGAUGGAACAAAUUUGGAAUCAGUCAAUUUUGGAUAAAAUGAUGCAUGAAAAAGACACACGAUUUGUAAGUGAAAAAGAAAAUGAACAGGAAGUAGUUAAAAUGCAAAAUCCUCCAAUUGGUACUGUGAUAGAAAAAUCAAAUAAUUUGAAAAUUUUAGAUGAACAAAUGAACCUUACAAUCGGUGAAAGUACUACAAUUCCACAGAUUAAUCUAAACAAUCCUUCCAACUCUGCUAGCGGGUCAAAUCCCAAAAAAAAGGAGAACCAAACUAUAAAAGAAGCAUGCUCGCUCGAAAACGAUAUUUUAUCAAAAACAAAUGUUAUUGCACCGGUAAAACAUUGCAAAACAAUAGCGAAUCAGAGUAUCGAGAUUUAUCAUCAGCUGCAGAGUAGUACAGUUAUUACACCAACAAUGGUACAGGAAGAACGAAAAGAAAUAACUAAAAUGCCCCAAAACACACACAUAGACUACAAUCAACAAACUAACCACAUAGAACAAGAAAAACAGAACUCGUCGAUACAAUCUGGCUGUACGUUAAAACAUUCGCAACCAACUGUUGACAAAGAGCAAUGCGUAUUAUUGACUAAUGAGAUAGAACCAGCUGUUCUUACACCAUCGAUAAAGGAUGCUAGCAAUAUUAGGUCUAUUGACGGGGUCAAAGAAACGCAGGAAGAGAGUUCUGUUAAUGCAUUUGUCAGCCAGGUAAAAGCAUCUCCGACCAAAAUUAUACGAAAACGUCGAAAAAAUGAACUAGCAUCAAUACUCUCAGACCAGUUGUUGGAAAGCUUUAAAGAAGUUGAUAAAUCGAGAUUGGAUGAUCUUAAGCUGUUGCAUGAUUUAACCUGCGAAACGCCAGAUGUGAAAUUUUCUCUUGAACAAAUCCCCCAAUUAGCUAAGCGUAAAUCAAACCCCCGAAUGCCAGACUUGUUAAUUCAUGAUUCAUCGAAAACAGUAACUUCAUCAAGCACUGCACCAAAGAAAGUUUGCUCUUCUAAACGACUGACUAAAGACAAAGAACUAACGAGAUCAGAAUUAUCUGUAAAAGAAGCGAAUAAUAAAUCCACGAAUGAAAUAUCUACCAGCAUUACAACCUCAUCCAGUAAGGUUAAAGGCACCCAGACAAAAGAAGGAAGUCCAGACUUAAUCGCAAACAAUUAUGAAUCUUUAAAAUAUUCCUCUACUGAUAUAAAGUGUUUGGCAAACUUCAGCUCGAAAGCAAACGAAAAAAAUACGACAAAUGAACGUUGUGCACAAUUCAACAUCGAAAAAAACACAUUGGCCGAACAGUUGGCAGGUAGUAAGACAACUCGGUCAAAAACACAAUAUUCAUGUAAUUCGACGAAAACGGUCGCAGCCUGCUUACAAAAUAAAAAAACAGAGAAAAUCCAAGGUUGUAAAACAACAACACCAAAAUAUCAUAAACCAAUUGAUUCAGUAAUUGGAAAAGCUCGUGCUGGAGACAACAACAGCCUUCUUAAAGACAAUUUGGAUACCAGUACUACAAAUUUAAUAGCAAAUGACCCAAAAAGAAUUAUGUCUCGUCGGAAAUCGAUUUUUGUUGACUGCGACUUGUCUCAGUACGUUGAGAAAGAAGAGUGGAAAAACAAAAUAAAAUCAAGCAACUCGUCUAUUAAAGAUGAUAUUAUGUUGACAUCUCGGCCAGGUACACGUAGCCAAGGCCAGUUGGGUCUAGAUUUAGUGCAGAGCUUCGUUGAAGCAACAAUGAAACCACGUGAUCCUCGUAGACGGAUUUUACAGCAACGUCGCGAGGAAGAUUUUUGUCCGGUUAAAUCCGAUGGAACAAAACUAAGCAUACCCAAACAAGUGAAAAUUGCUGGAAAAAAUAUUACGGAGCAAGAAGAAAACAUGGUUAAAUUAACAGACGAAUAUGGUGCUGUCGAUGUCAUACCAAAAGAUAUUGACAAAAAGCAGACUCCAGUAGCUGAAGUAAUAGAAAAAAAUGCUCCUUUGCGAAGAAUCAGUGCUCGGAGGGCUUCUUUAUGUGUACGAUCAACUAUGAGUUUGAUAAGUUCUCAAGAAAAGUAUAGUAUAGUCGCCCCUCCGGUGGAAGUAACAUCUAAGGAAGACGAGCACCUGCAUGAUAUCGGAAAUGAAGUAAAACGUAUUUACAAACGUCGAGCUUCAAUUUAUCAGAUACCAAAUGAAUUCCAAGAACAUGGAUUGGGUAACUCGGAGGAACUGAACCCUCGAAAAUCGACAUUGCACAGGGAGGAAAAUACUUUGAAGAAAAAAGAUAUUUCAUCGAAUAAAUCCAGCAACCGCCGCUCUAAAACUCCAGUACCAACAGAUUGGAAGCGUCGCAAUCAGCUCCCGUUAAAUGGCACCUCGGAACCGCUAAUUGAAUCUUUACUGCAGUUCGCACCCAGUAUUGAAUCCAGCACUCCAAAACGAAGAACAACGAAAAAUAGUCAGAUCGCAGAAACUGUUUCAAAACUUUUUAACAUUCAGGAGGAAAUUAUGUUAAUAGAUAGUUCUAGGCGGAAACCUAGAAAAGUAAAUUCUUCAACAGUACCCUCUAACAAUACAUCAAUAAUGUCUUCAAACCAGGAAUCAUGCCAAAAGACAAUAGAUAGGACAAAUUUUAACGCAUUCGAAAAUCAAAAGAGCGAAACAAUGUCUUUGUAUGAUACUUCAGCAGUACCAUCAACUCAGAAGCCAACAAAAUCAUCUUCAUUUUCCAAUGAUAAGGACGAAUCACCAAAAGGUAUAAAGAAGAUAGUGGAAAAUACAAUCAUCAACACGACAAACUCAUCAAGCGGUUCAACUGAUUACUCUGAUGAUGAUAACAUGUCUCUUGCUUGCUUUGCGGCUCGUAGUAAUGCUGUUCAACAUCAAUCGACAGAUAUGUUUGCUAAACCUUCUAAAAGUAUACAACUGUGUAUUACAGGACGUGCUACGUCAGUGAUAGCCGAUGAUGAAAGUACAACGAAUACUGAAGCCUUUGAUGAAGACAUCAUGAGUGUUUCUACUGAAAUUCCCACAGUAACUAACACAUCAAGAUUGGGCAAUCGUGGUGUAAGAAGCAAACGGCGAAAGUCACAAAAACAUUCAACUAGCAAGAUUAAACGCCAACAAGUAAAGUCACAAAUGCAAAAUAGCAAACCAAUUCAAUCUUUCAAUUGUGAACUUUGCCGAAAAGUAUUCAAAAAACAAGACGCAUAUAAUAAACACCGCAUGACGUUGUCACACAUCGCAAAGCUAUCAGAACAAGAAUAUCUAGUGGCUCAACAAAAUCAGGGACCAGAUCAUUCUUUGCACCUGGCCAACGAUAAUUUGCUGCACGACCCAAAAACAAACCAAGGAAAGCUUAUUACAAAAGAAACAAUUGAAUUAAAUGAAAAACUAUUGGAAAUCCCUGCGGUGCCGACGGCUGCCCCCACAACUUUAUCAACAAUGCCAUCAUUAGCAAAAACCUUGAUAGAGAAAAUCAAAGAUCACACUGAAAAACCUGUAAAAGAACUCAGUCAAGAAGAAAAACUGUUCUACGAAUGUUGUUCAAUGCUAAAGGAGUCUAAUUCGAAUGAAAAUGAUAAGUUAAAAAGUGUAACCACCAUGUCCUUGAAAUCAAAUGAAGCGAAUCUUUCGGAUAUGUCAAGCAUUAUUCACAUAAAUGAAGUAAAUAAUACAUCAACUCCUGUUCUUUCUACUAAUUUAGCAUCAUCCAUGGAGCAGAAUCCGAUGCGCUUAUCGACCGUUAAAUGUAGUGUGAUGGACGAAUUUGAAACUACUCACAAUGACGUCACUCUUACUCAAGAAGAACCAAUUAAUCAAAAGAAACAAAGAGAGUUAGAUGGGAACGUACAUUUUAUGACACAUGCGUAUGUUAUACCCAACCAGUUAGGAAAUGAUUCAGCACAAAUCUCGAUGCAUACCUCGAUGGUUAGUGGUACUAGUGGUGGUAGUAAUAACAAUGGCAGUAAUGCAAAAAUUAAAACUAAAGGAGCACUGAAAGGAUAUGACAAUUUCAAAGUAUCAAUACCAAUGUCGGGCUUAACCGUGAUGUCAGCUAACGCAACAAACAACUGUAUCAGUAUUGGCAAAGAGUCACGCUUGGAUACUCUAGCCGAUGUUGCGUUGUGUGGUGACAUCCCCAAAGAAUUUGGCAUUGUAGAACAAAGCGAAGAAAUCAUCUCUACUUCAGUUAAAGAUAAUGUAAACGCAUGCCCUGAAGCGCGUCUUAGGUUUCCCCUGAUUAAAACGGUUUCAAUGACAAACGAUCAAGCACAUGCAUCAUCUCCAAGAUUAUUAGAACCGAUUAAAACCGAACGCAAUAUUGAAAUGAAAAUUAACAAAAUCACAGCAAGGCGUACAGGCAUUAGUAUGUCAAAAUCUGUGAAAUUAAAUAAGACUGGCUUUUUAAAGAACCGGGAAUACACUAUAAAAUCGGCAAAAAAACCUUCCUCCAGAUGGGCUACAGGGCCAUAUCGAAGAAGAAUGUAUAAAAAUAAUCCUCCUCUCAACACAGUUGCCGAUGAUGAAGAAGAUGUGUAUGCUUUUCAAGACUCUCCAUGUGACGGCGUUUUACCUUCGUCCUACUCAUCUAAGAAAAUUAUUACAUCCAUACAGAAUCAAAAUUUGAUGAAAAAGGAAGAGGGAUCUAAGCUAAACCUAAAGCACAAUUCAUCUACUAUUCAAGCACCAACGUUGGAAGAUCACGAAGAUAGUCAGAUGUCAAGUUUGAGUUUUUCUGAUCGUGAUGAUUUUGUCUAUGGUACAAAUACGAUGAGUGAAGAAGAAGAAGAAGAAAAAGAAGAAGAAGAAGAAGAAGAGGACGAUAAAAACAGUAGCAUCAGUAGUAGUGAACAAACCACGCCUAAAAAAUUAACAACUGCUGAUGUUCAAAAAAAAAGUCUUAUUAUGGGUCGUAUCUUUAAAAAGGGUGGAGCAAAAGAUAAGCUUGUAAGUGAUUCAGGGGUGAGAAAAAAAUCAACCAGCGUUCCAGAAAAUAUUGUAAUCGAGCCGGCAAAGGAUGCAGGAACAGCAGCAAACAGUUCAAAAUCGUCAUCAACAGUCAAGUCCCCAGCAAAAGACUUUGAUAAGCUAUUUGACACAUUAAAAAAUGCAGCUGAUCCAUCAUGUCAACAUAACAGUAAUGAAUCCGCUAGCGAAUAUGAUAAUCUGCCCAAAGAUUCGUUUUGUGCGGAAUUAUUUGAAACUUCUGAUAAUAAUAUCGAGGUCAAAGUAUCCAAACAAGAUGUUAAUACACGGCAGCAGUAUCGCGUGGUGCAACACAAGCACGAAUCGAAAAAAUACGGACCAGAUAGAUUACGUCGCCAAAGAGCAGCUCAUCAAAAAAAUCUAACGGAAACGUGGGAUUCUGAGGAGUUUGAAGACUUUCAAACUGAUGACAUCAUAAAAUUAAUCAACAUAACUGAAGAUAAUGAAGUAAAUGAUCAUAUAUCAUCUAAGAUAAAGGGUCCUGUUUCUCGGUUAGCCGAAGAAGCCAUCGUUACUCAGUCAUCACUUAUAAGGGACAUAUGUCAAAAUGAAAGGCAGCUGCGAAAUACAGAAAACAUCUCCGAAAAGCAUAGUGGUUUGAAACGGGGAAUGCAAUCCUUCAAUGAAAAAAAAACUUCCAAAUUAGACACUGCGGUUACGGAUGACACUAUUCGGAAGGUUAUGGAAAGUGUCAUAUUAGAAACAAUGGGUAAAAGUUGUAAUAUAACCAAACGAAAGCCCAUUGUAGCCAUUGGCACGACUCACAGUAUAGAGUUGAAUAAUAAGCCACUUCAACUCACAUGUAAUAAUGAUAACAGUGUCCAUAACUGUCAAACGCCAAACGUGUCUACAGAAGAUGUUUCAUUAGCCUUAGAAUUAACAUCUCUAGAAGAGCAUACUUUAGAAUCCAGCGUAGUAAUAUCUUCAAAAACGAUAACAAGCAAGUUCAAGCAAAAACUAAAUUCAUCAUUGCAUCAUAAUCCAAGAGAAUCUGAACCGCAAAUUUCAUCUGGUGAGAAGGAUAAAGAUCACAAUUCAAUAGAGCUAAACCACCUGAUAAACGAAUCGUAUUAUACAGCCGAUGCUCUCCACGAUUCAAACAUCAAAUCACUCACUGUAAAUAAUAAUAAUAACAAUAAUAACACCAAUAACAAUAAUGAUAGCAAAGGUAAUAAACUAGCUUCAAAAACACUGAAAGUAAAUAAGAGUAAGAGAAAACCAAAAACUACACAAAAAGAGAGCAUCAGUAAAAUUUCUUCGAUGUCAGCUGGAAAACAACGCAAAGCCACUCAAAAAAAAAUGAAAAACAUUGCUUACGACCCGGAUAGUGACUAUGAGCAGAGCAUCAAGUGUAAAAAGGUAAAAAGUAAAUUAUUGGAAAAUGAUAUUGAAGCUAACUUGAAAAUAGAACAGCUUCAAUCAACGUUGUUCAAUUCUGAUGAUAAUGGCAUUUUGUUAACGACGUCUCGCCGUAAGCGAAAUGCUGGAGAUAUGUUGUACUAUUGGUCAUCUAGCAGCGAGGAAGAGUUACAUGUAGAAGGAAAAAAUCUUGUUGGUGGAGCGAAAGAUUAUGACGACAUUAAAAAAAAAUAUGGUCGUCGUCGCUAUUGUAAAUCUGUGACCACUAAUUCUUCGUUAGGGAACAAACGUGGUCGUAAAAAGAAACGAUGUGAAAGCUCAAAAUCAAUAUCGAAUGUAGGUAAUGCCAGUGAUGAUGCUACUAGCGCCCAAAAUGAUGAAACUGUAUUGAAAAAAAUGCAGGUAAGCUCGUCAAGCAAAGAAAUGCGUUCUUUGACCACUGUUGAAAGAUCAAAGCCAUUAACAUUAAUGUCAGCAAGCAAGACAGGCUGCAAAAAGCAGCUACUUACAAAAGUUGAAAAUGACAACUCAUUGUUAGUACAGAAAAUUCCUAUGCAAAUAGUAGAAGAAACAUCUACUACCAGCAACGAACAAUUGCAGCAGCAUGGUUGGAUAAUGGGCGAUUCACAUAAGAAGCUCGUAACGAUGUUGGCACAUGCUAAAGGAAAACAUGAUAGUCGAAAAUUCACGAACAAUCGUAAAAAGUAAAAGAAAAAAAUUGAUAGCUAAUUAGAGAAGUAUAGUAUAGUAAGUAUGUCCUCAUAUGUUCAGUUACGUAUUAUACACUGCAAUUUGACUCACGGUAGAGUAGACAUAAUGUGUGAUAGUAACAAUGUUUUGAUGUUUAUCAACAUGUCAAUGACUGUCUAAAUCAAAAUAUAAAAGAUGCAUUAAUGAUCAGAAGUUAUUAUAAAGCCAAGAAUCUUUUACAGUAGCAUGCAAAAAUAUACGUUGAAGAACGAUUUUAAUAGUUUCUUCUCCUCACCAAUAUCGGAUUACUCACGGAUUACAUAACCGAGACGUAAUAUAUGACUAUGAUUUCGAAUGUUAGUAAAUGGUAUCAUGAAAAAGCAAAAUGUAUUAUGUAUACUAAAAUGAACUAUUAAUUUUACUUCGAAUAAAGCAACACUGUAUAUUCUUAGGUAUUAAGUCCUACUUAAUCGAGCAUAAGUCGCACAUAAUAAUUUUACACACAUUUCCGCGAUAACAAAAUUUAUGUUUGCUAGUUUUGAAAAAAUCACAACAAAGAUAAAAAAUGGUAGAUGCGAAAGAAAUAGAAAUUACAGCAUAACAGAAUCAAUAUUCUGACAAAGCAUGCGUGUAAAAUUGAGAUGUACACACAAAAGAUUUAUAAAGCAUUUUGUUUUAAAUAAAAUUAACAAUACUGCAAUAUUUCCUUCAUUUCCGUUAAGGUAUACAUGAUAUGGUGAAGCAUUUAAAAAAUAUUGCAUACCAUUCGAGUAAUAACACAGUAUAUUCCAAAUGUAUCGAAUGUGAGAUGUGUAGCAUUGUACAGUACUUUUUAAAGAUAAUACAAUCUAAACGUAACACACAACAAAAUAUGCAAUAAUCAUAAACUCCAUCAUGUAUAUUAAAUCUGUACUCAUGCCCGUUGUAUGAGCUUUGGCUAGGAAAAUUAAUGUGCAAAACAGAUACGUAUUUAUUAGUUUAAGUAAAUGAAACAGGAAUCUUGUAAAAUUUUGUAAGACGUGGAUUUGAUUUUGAGCCUGGAAAAAAAUGUAUGUACUUAUUCUUGUUUGAUGAUUUAUUCAUUUUAUUAUAUUGCAUUUGUUGUAGCUAAUUCUUCAAGCAGGCGAAUGAUGUUAUGAUUCAUUUUUAUUUGUUUGAUACAUAUUAUGGAUUACAAUUAAUGGCAAAAAAUGACUUUCACACGAAAUAUAUACGUUUGGUUAUACCGUGUUGAAUGUACAUCGGAUAUGAGGUAUUUGGUUUGAUUCUUCUAGUUUGUAAUCACAGUAGUGUGAGGAUUUAAUGUUGAACCGAAACUAAUAAACAAACACAAACAUUUUAUGUAAAGAUAACAUCGUAUAAAAUAUUUCACUAAUGUAGCACUUGCAAAAAAUCACUAUGUAUAGUUGAGCAUUAGUAUACUUGUAGAAAAAUUAAUGUAUCUUAAAUAAUGUUAUAUGCAAUGACGAAUGAUCUCAAUGAAGGCAAGUAAUAUGGACUAAUCAGACGCAAGAGAUAUGUGACGUAUCACUGUAACAUUUUAAACCAUUUGUGUGGCAAACAUGGGCAGCAUUUGCGUAUAACUAAUCUUACAAGUAGUAAGUCACGUGCUUUAGGUGGAGGUACACUAAAAGGCAUAAAUCAAUAUUUUAUGUAUAAAAUAAUGUUAUAAAAUCAAUAAACAUUAGUAAAUCGGAAUCUGUAGUUUCAACCAAGAAAUAAGAGUAUAAAUAUUUUUUUUACAAAACAUCAAUAUAUGAAAUAGAAACAAUGAAACAUACAAAGGAUGGAUGAAUUGUGAAUCUGUGUCUAAUUAACAUUAAAUUGUCUUUGUAGAACAAAAACGAACAGCAUAGUAAUUGAAAAAUGCAAAAAUCCUCUCAGAACUAUAUUUUACGACUGCCAUAGAAGUUUAGUUCAUAAGGCGUUAUUCUAAAAGUACAAGUGAAGAUUAGGAUGGUGCUGGUUAAGGGCAGAGUCUUCACGACUAAACAGAAGCUACAAUUAGUGCUUACAAUUAUGCUUCUAUUGUUUAAUGUACACAAUCAUACAUAAAUAAGUGACAUCCUCAUCAUAUAAUCGCAUGGAUAUUAUUCUUAUCCCAAUUGAAUAGUAAACGAUGCCUCUAUGCUAAGUA